UUUUAAACACAAUCUGUAAAGUAACAGCUAGUAGCUGAUUGGUUAGAACUUUAUCUCUCUUCAUUUUAUCUCACUCCAUGCUUUGAUAUAUCUCCCCCACCAAGAGGCGUAUUAGUGCCUUUAAAUAGAUCAUGUAAUCAAAUUUGGCAAAUCAGAAACAGAUAGGAAUCCUCAACAACAGCACAGGGAAGUCAAGAGAAAUUUUGCUACUGCCUUCAUACAAGAGAGACACUCAUACCAGAGAUUUAUAUCCUACGGCAUCUAACUGCAGUCAGACAUAAUUUGAGUCACCCUGAGAAAAGAACAUCAUGAAGACACCAUUCACCACCCAGCAGACCUACAUUGAUGAGUUUAACCCAUUAGAUUACUACAAUACAUACUAUGCUCCAGGAGAAGGAAAGUUUACUGGAGAAUGGACGGACUUUGUGUUACGGAAUCUUCAUGAAACCUUUUCUCCAGGUUGUGUAGAAGGAGACACUUUGAUCGAUUUUGGUUGUGGACCGACCAUCUACCAUCUCCUUUCUGCUUGUGAAGUCUUUAACAACAUAAUCACCUCUGAUUUUCUUGAACAAAACCGCGCUGAAUUUCAGAAAUGGCUGAAGAAGGAUCCUGAUGCUUUCAAUUGGACUCAUGUUAUCAAAUAUGUGUGUGAGCUUGAAGGUAACAGGGAGAAUUAUGAGGAGAAAGCUGAGAAGCUCCGCAGUAAGGUGAAACAAGUCCUGAAAUGUGAUGCACUGAAAAGUAACCCCUAUGAUCCUCUUGUUCUGCCUCCCGCUGAUUGUCUCCUCACCUGCCUCUGCCUUGAAGCUCCCUGUGAGGACAUGGAAUCAUAUUGCAAUGUUUUGAAAAAUUUUAAAAACUUGCUUAAACCUGGGGGACACUUAUUGGUUUUGAGUAUGCUAAAUGCCACCUUUUACUAUGUUGGUAACAAACGCUUCACUUGCUUGUACAUAACAAAAAAUGACAUGGAAAUGGCUUUUAUAAAGGCUGGUUAUGAAAUAAAGAAAAUGGUAGUUACUCCUCGGACUGAUAUGUCAAGGAUGGAUCUUUUUGACCACGACAGUCAGUAUUUUGUCCAUGCCUGUAAACCAAAGUAAUGGAAAGCCGGUCAUAAAUCACUCUGGAAACAAAUUGAACAAUACUUUGCAUUUCUUUACAAUCAUUCAUCUCUCUUUUUGCAGAUCAUCACUUUAUAUUCACACUCUUAACUUUAUGGCCACAUAUAACUAUUGUGGCUCUUUUUGUAAAGCUUAAUUUGCCUGUAAUUAUUAAUACAGCUGAAUAGUUGCAUACAUAUUUAUACAUAAUUUUUUAUAAUAUCAAAUUAAAUCCUUUAGGUGUCUUACUGUCUUAUCCAACAUGAACAUACAUUUUAAUCAAAAUGCAAUAAAAUUAUAACUACAAAAGUCUCAGUACACCCUUGUCAAAGUCGCAGUAUACCCUUUUGUUUCAAAAACUGUGCAGAAAAUGGAAAAACUGACUUAGAUUCAAGAUGGCCAAUUUCAAGAUGGCGCCCAUGUUCGAUACAUACCCUAAAAGAUAGCCCACCUCACCCAUACCUCACUGGAGCAUUCAGUCUUCCCAUUUCCUGCACUGUUUUUGAAACAAAAGUGUGUACUGCGACAUUUGAAUCACGCUAUAUAGGCUAUAAUUAGAAAACAAUUAAAAUAGAAACACACUCAGUAAUGCAAAGGAAAUAAACUACUCAUUGUGCUUGAUGAUUUAUUAACUUUGAAAUUCACUAAGUAACAGUCUUAUACUGUAUAUUUUUACAUUUGCUUGCCCAUUGUAAGUUACGGGGUGUUUUGCUGUAAAAUGUAAUACAGGUUGAGUAUCCCAUAUCCAAAUAUUCCGAAAUACGGAAUAUUCCGAAAUACGGACUUCUCUGAGUGAGAGUGAGAUAUUGAAACCUUUGUUUUUUGAUGGCUCAAUGUACACAAACUUUGUUUAAUACACAAAGUUAUUAAAAAUAUUGUAUUAAAUGACCUUCAGGCUGUGUAUAUAAGGUGUAUAUGAAACAUAAAUAAAUUGUGUGAAUGUAAACAAACUUUGUUUAAUGCACAAAGUUAUAAAAAAUAUUGGCUAAAAUGACCUUCAGGCUGUGUGUAUAAGGUAUAUAUGUAACAUAAAUGCAUUCUGUGCUUAGAUUUAGGUCCCAUCGCCAUGAUAUCUCAUUAUGGUAUGCAAUUAUUCCAAAAUACGGAAAAAUCCGAUAUCCAAAAUACCUCUGGUCCCAAGCAUUUUGGAUAAGGGAGACUCAACCUGUAAUAUAUGCUGUGUUACCUGCAUAAAUAAUGUGUAUUAAAUAAAGUAGAGAUGUGCCGCCGGCA